AUGAAGUCCCAGGGACCGUCGAGCGACGUCCAAUUGAGUGCUGGGCGCUGGAAGUCUGGACGAGGAUAUGCUGCCAUUCUAACAACAACCGACCAACUCAUCAACUGGGCCCGCCAAGGUUCCCUCUGGCCUCUCACCUUCGCCCUCGCCUGCUGUGGCAUCGAAAUGAUGCAUGUCUCCAUGCCACGAUACGACCAAGACCGUCUGGGAAUCAUCUUCCGGGCCUCGCCCCGCCAAGCCGACGUCAUGAUUGUUGCGGGAACGGUGACUAACAAGAUGGCACCGGCGUUGAGGCAAUUAUACGAUCAGAUGCCGGAUCCGAAGUGGGUGAUUAGUAUGGGGAGCUGUGCUAAUGGGGGUGGAUACUAUUAUUAUAGUUAUAGUGUGGUUAGGGGUGUUGAUCGGGUGGUUCCGGUGGAUAUUUAUGUGCCCGGGUGUCCGCCGACGCCGGAGGCUUUGAUGUAUGCAAUUUUUCAGCUGCAGAAGAAGAUUAGGAGGACGAAGGUGACGAGGAUGUGGUAUCGGAGGUGA